UGCAGGGAUUGUCCGUCCCCUAUUAGUUUUAUUAUUAUUGCAACUGUACGGCAUCAGAGAACGAUUAAUAAGAUGAGCACCAUCCACAUCCCUUCGACUGGCGGGAAAGAGCCCUUCUGGGGGCCGCAAACAUCAAAGAUGAAGUUCCGUCAACACGAUCUUGUCCAUUGACCGUGAUAGCAAUUGCUGACGAAUCGUAUUAUAGCUUUUGCGAGGAGGUAUGGGAUUCAUCUACAUUCUCCUUUGUCAUUUCCUCCUCGGGAAAUCCCCAGUGUACUUGUUUUCACUGUUGUUUUUCUGAGGCCGGUUGAGGCGGAAGUCUCCGGAAGCUCGCUUUUGUGCCUGCUAUUCCCCAUGUAUCAGUGUUUCGGAGAGUUGAGCGUCAAUUGAAGUGAUCAGAGCCUUCUUACUGAUUGCUUGCUACUCAAAAGGACUACCAUUUCAGCUCCUACACCGGGGAAUUCAUAAACACCGUAACGAGCUUCAGCUAUGUCUUUUUUGGUGGAUAUGGAUUGUACCGUCAGUUCAAGACCGGGACUAGGGUGGAGAUAUCACAUUGUCUGUCGUAUAUCUCUUUGAUGAUCGUCGGCAUCGGGUCGACGCUGUUUCAUGCAUCGCUGAAGUAUCCGCUCCAACUAGUGGACGAUCUAUCUAUGCUACUUGGAGGGGGUAUCAUGUUCCAUUACUUCCUCACCAUCAAUAGCAGCACCAAAGUCCGCUUCGGCCUCUUUUCCCUUAUCACCAUCGUCCUCUCCUUGGCUGUCUGGGCCCAUAUCUCCUCUGGCGACUCGGCAUUACAUCAAGUCGUGUUUGGUAGCAUGGUUGUUACCGUUGGUUUCCGGACAUUUUCACUUCUCAACCGGUUGAUCGUCGAUGAAGCGUUGAAGUCGAAGUUGAAGCAGUUCGGUACAAUCGGCUACCUUACAUUGAUCGCUGCGUAUGUAUUUUGGCUGGUCGAUGUCUUUGCCUGUCAGCCUCUACGGUCAUUGAGGCAUACUAUCGGCUUGCCUUCUGCAUGGCUAUUUGAGUUCCAUGGCUGGUGGCACAUUCUCACUUGCAUUGGCGUGUAUAUGUAUAUGGUCCUUGCCGAAUUCCUGCAGCCGGCGUACUGGACGAGUGUUCUCAAACCAGGCCAGGGAUUUAUCGCCCUUAUGAAGGGACCCGGGAUAUUGAAGAAGAGUGACACUGUGGAAAAGAAGCGCCGCUGAAGAGCUGGCCUGUUGACUAGGCAAGGCAGCUAUUCUGGCUUCUUUCAGUCCAUCGAAGCUGUGUGCAGCGAUGAGUUUCCAAAGCUUAACGGGGAUCGUGUCCGGGGGUUUAUUACAGAUGUGUACAUCAUAUGCAAUAGUUUAAACUCUGAAGUUCAACGUUGUUAUAUUUACUCUGCC